GUCUCGACUGGCUCAACCCCUGUGGAAACGACUCCCUGCCUCAUCAAGGGGCUGCCCUCGGCGACCCUUUUUCUCCCUCUCCUCGAACGCUAGACGCUCAAUUGAUCGACGCGAACUCCCUCGGCUGGCUUCUGUUUUCACCACUGCCGUCCGCUCUUUUUUCUCUUCCUCUUAUUUUGUCUUGCUGACCGAUUGUCGUUCAUUCUGGUUCCUCGAAUUCGGGCCCUACUCUAUCCGAACCCCGGCCGUGCGUGCUGGAACAACCGCCGACGACAAACGCGCUCACGAAGAGACGAAUCCGCUGGGGCCGCGGGCGACUGAGCAACACCGACCGACCGAACCACGCUGUAGAGCACAGCACAGCGCAGCACGCAGCAGCUCGACGACUAUUGCACGUCCGACCGGUGCAUCUCAAAAGGCACCAGAUCGCGGCCGAAUCCUGUUGAAACGGGCGACGGACUUGCACGCUAGCCUUGGCGCCCUCGCCCAAGAGCCAGUCACACACCACCAGACCCGGAUAGCCCAAACAACCGAACUGGGGGAAAAAGGGCACACUUGUCUCUCGCCUCGCGCACGCACGAGGUUCUCUUCCAGCUGCCGUCCGCACCUGCGUCAUCUUCCUCUGGACCCGAGCGUGGACCAGAGCGAGAGGGAGGGGGUGACACGGACUCGCGUCAGAUCACGCAAAGGAAACACCAAAAAACGACUUGCGUCCCUGCGCGCGCUUGCUGCUGGACACCUAAUAAGCACCUGCCUCUCGGUUCCAGCUUGGCGGUGGCCUUGCAGUGCAUCCCGAUUGUCCUAGUCUGGUCAGCCUGGGUGUAUUGGUCGAUUUGUCUUCCCGCCUAUAUAGAUCUACCUUCCGGUUGCCACAGCCCCUCGACGGUUCUGCCGCGUUGCAUGCCCGGUCAACGUCGCUACCUAGGUAACUAGCGCCAGCGCCCGCGCCGAGGCAGGCGAGCUAAACGAAACAACCAAGUCGUCAAUCUCUCCCCGACGCGAUCCUCAUCAAACCGUCGAGCCCUUAUGUGUCCGCAACAACAGUUCCUACGAAUCCAACUAUACCGCCCCGACCCCCACAUCACACAGGUCUACAACCCCGGAGGAGACAUAGGAAUAGACGGAAACCGAGGGAAAUAGGGAGGGGAAUCAGCGAGAGAGUGCCGCUUCUCGUGGCUGUAGAACCGACCAGAGUUUCGGGGGGAUCAUCACGACCUUCGAAUCAUGUCUCUUGGAGUGGCAAUACAGUCGGCGGUUUUCUACGUCGUCGCCUGUACACCAUGCACCACCUCAAGACACAGGGGCAAGGCCAAGGCCAAGGCAAAGCGGGAACGGUUGGAAAAGGACCGGUUGGAAGCCGAAAACCCCGGUCUAUACCGACAACCGAGCCCCUUCAACACCAGCCCCCAUUGGGAUGAGGAGAUCAUGAUGGGGCCCAGCUUACCCAAGAAGUCUAGGAGUAACAACAACAACAACAACGCCAGCCAACGCAGGUUAACAACCUCAUCCUCCUCAGGAAGGGAAACAGCCGUCAGCAGCAGUACUCUUGCCGUCGGACAGACACCGAUGCCAGGCAUGGUACAUACGCCAAGCACCAAGCUCGGGCCGAACCCAGGGAGCAGUUCGACUAUGGCGCCUGACGACUCGGGGAGCAUAGCCGCAGGAGGUUCCGAGAGUUGGAACCUGAAGCUGUACCAACGCGAGGACGAGGAGCUUUGGGGUGACCAGAACUCGAGCAUACACGGCGAUGACGAUGGCGAUGUUGCGAGGACAGGCCAUAAAAAGAUCAUGGAUGCCAUCGCCAAGGCCAGCUCGUCGGCUGGUAGGCUGCUGGACUCGACACUGCUGGGCGGCAGCGGCAAGGAGCGCGGUACCGAGACGCGCGAGGUCACCAACGAGGAUCGCCGCAACUUCUAUUCUCCCUCGUCCCCGACUCGCUCGUCCACUUCCUCACAUGGCAGCUACGCUCCCGUCAAGAACCCUCCCGUGAACGACUACCACCCCCCAGUGGUCAGCUCGCGCCCUGCGCACCGGGACGGCCGCAGAUGGAUGCUGCAGCCGCCGCCCCCCGUCAAGGUUAUGGAGGCCAAGGUGCCUGUAAGCCGGAGCGCCAGCAUGGCCAGCACAGUCAGCCGCCGGAGUGCUCUUUCGCCAUCGGCCGCGUCGGCGUCGGAUGUCCAUCUCGGGCGGGUCGUCGGGGAGAGGCUUGUGGGUGCCAAGAUCAAGGGAGGCGAGCUGCCGUUCCCAGGAGCUUCGGCAACGGUCGAUGGCAGGGUUGGCUCCCCGGGAUCUCUUGGGCUGCCCAAGGCGAGGCGACCCCGGAGGGCGACUGGUUCAUCCUCGCGCUCCAAGCUGAGUCAACACAGCCGCAGGAGCGGGAGCGUAUCAAGCGAUUCGGAUCAUGGCGAUUUCUCGGACGGAGGCAGGCCAUCCUUCACUGGUUCGCCAAGGAAAUCAACGAGCAACGUCAAGACGUACUCGGCGACAGCACGGCGACAGGCGGCCACGUCGGAGGACGAGUCAGGCGGCGUCUCGGAAGGCCAUGCCCACGCGGCUCAACGGCCGAAACUUGAAACGAUAGUGAGCUCCGACCGCGCCUCAGCGGCUGAAGAGCAGAAGACGCCAAAGGGCGCCAAGGCCGACGAGGUCCAAGAGCGCCCGGCCGGCGCAUCCAUGGACAGCGGGCUCGCGCUCUCGCUGGCGUGAAGGCCUCUCCUGUUGGCGACCUCUCUUCCACGAAGCAUGACGAACAGAUCCCCUCACUUUAGCUGCUGGACCAGACUGCAGACAUGGCGAUCACCCAAACCCAUCUAACGCACGACUUGAACGUCUCUUUUCUUGGACACCUUGUACAUUUACCGGCCAACCUGCCCUUGUCAUUUAUUAUCGCCCCGACCUCCUAUCCGCCACCAACCCUCCCCUUUCCUAUGUAAUUUCCUCUGUCUAGCAUUCUACGGGUGUCUGCGCUUGUUAAAGCAACGGGUCAUGUCAUUAGCAUUUUCACUAGCAACGGAGUUUCCAUUCCUUUUUUUGUUCCCUUCUUUAUCUCCUUUUUAGUUUGGACAAGGUUGUGUUUUUUUUUUGGCUUUGGCUUUGGCUUUGGCUAUGGUCCCAACUGGCAUGCAUUGACGGCAAUUAUCAUUUCGUCACCCGACAUGGAAGCUUACUCCUCUCCAUUGAUAGAACGAAGGUGAUGAGUCGGCAGAAUUCAUUGUCAAAAGGUGUGAUAUCGUUCUGUAUGCCUACUUACCAGCUGGCGCUAUGCACGAACGGACGAAGACAGGAGUUACGUUGGAAGCCCAUGUUGGUCUAUUCUGUACUUUUGGUUUGCUGGCUCGUUUACAGGCCAUGGUGCCAGCUGGCGGGAUCGAGGAAGGGGAUGAGGGGCGUGAAGAAGCAACGGGGGUAAAUAAGAUGCGCAAUCAGCAAAAGAAAAACAGGCGGUAAAGCCCAAUACCACCAAGUUAAAGCCUG